AUGAUUCGAAAGAUUACAGCGGAUUUCUCUCGAGUGUGGCAGCUAGAUCUCACCUCCGGUCUACCGUGCUACCAGCGCAAGAGCAAGUUCGAACUCACCGCCCCUGCCUCGGACCCCGCCCUCCAUGCUGGCGGAGUUGAAGAAUGGCUAAGACUUUCCCUGGGUCUUAUCGCGCCAUGA